AUAAAAGAAGAUCAAGAUUUUACGGACGCCGUAUUUGCAUGUAAAUAAAAGAACUUGGAAUCCCUCAAGCCGUGGCUUGUUUGACAUUGACUAAAAUAUGCCAAGGGCUCAUUCAAGAAAUACUGCGACUCGUUCAGCAAUAAUGGGAGGUGACUUUUUUGCGCGCUCUGCUUCGGUUUCUGCGCAAGCAGAAGCCCUUGUGGAUGCGUUGUUAUCGUCAGAUGAGGAGAGCGCAGAUGAGGGUGCUGACGCGCAGGCGUCAGGCGGCGCCCAGUACCCAACAACUCCGCCUUCAUCUCGCGCAGCAGGGCUACCUUCGUGCAGCGGUGAAGCCGACGAGUUGACGGCACAGCUGGUGCGGGCUUUCGCCUCUCAUCGUGCAGCAUCUUCACUCGAGAACCAGAAGAAAUCGAUGAAUAGCCCUUUGCUACGUGCAGGAGAGCAAGAGCCAGAACCGGAGUUAGCUAAUGGGUCGUCGACCUUGUCUCCCCGAAGAUCCGCGCGGUCAGAGACAGCCGAUUGCAGCGCUGGAGGUGACUACAGCCCCAGAAUAAGAGGGGGGCAGCAAGAGCAACGUCGUGUCCAGAGACAAAAUCAGGGAGCAGCACGACAAUUACUAGGGAAGAAUAAGGAUUUCGAACGAGCUCCAUCAGAACUUGUGCGGGAGAGACUAGGUGCUUUACUUGAAUCGAUGCCGACCAGCACAACUUCAAGUGAUAACGCAGCGCCACUUUUGGCUGCUGCAGGGUUCGACGAGGGCAAGAAAGAAGCGCUUAUGGAAACGAUGAAUGGAAUUAAGAAAAUUUCUUCGGAAUACCAACGAAUCCAAGACGAGAUGUCGCAACUGAAGUCGUCCCUUUAUGGGGAGCAGGGGUUCCGAGAGCUGGCUGGGACUUUGCGAGACAUGCGCGGCUUCCGUGAUUUGCUACUUGACGAGCAGAAAAACGCUGUUGGACUUCCGCCAGCGUCGGUUGAAGAUGAGGAACUAGCGUCUCUGCUAGAGAGUCGAUUCGCAGCCUCUGCACAACCGCGACCACGAAGAACGAUGGCGCAGGAUCUGGACAUGUCGAUGUCAACUGCGACGACGGCGCCUGGAACCUCGCGUUGUAACUCGGAACAGGAACAUCAAGAAGGAGCGAAAGAUGAGCAAACUUCUACACUCAUGAAUGGAGGCAGCACGACUGUUUCUCAACGAGUGCGAGCAAACAAGGCGCAACAUCAAGAGAAGGCUGCAGCACCGAAAACGCUGAGAAAUCGAGAGGAGCUAAUGGCAGCAAUCGAUAGUGAAAUCACGGAGAUCGAGGCUCAACGUUCCUCGCUCUUGCAGGUAAAAAGCGCACUUUCCAAAAACAUUGAGCGAUCAGGUCACUUGAAAACCGAUGGUGGUCCACCCGCGAUGCGGCAGAAUCAGUCGAAUGGAACUACGAAGGGCGAAAUCGUUUUCGGAAUUUUUCUCUUCCUAUUAGCAUGUUACUUGUCGUCGUCGGAUUUUCGCCGCCUUAUUCGGGGCUGACCAGAUGCACUUGCAUCAUGAGUACCUUGUUCCAAAGGUCCUGGCAGGAUAUUCUUUUAGAAGCUAAGCCUCAUUUUGGGGCUGACGCCACCUGUUGGCAAUCAAACAUUCAUGGCUCUGUGACUGCCGCCCUUUUAGAUCUUGAUCCAUACAAGGACCAGCACGACGUUUACUCAAAGAAGUAAAUUUCGUUAGAACGUCGUAGUCGUUGAUGCCAAAUUUCCAAGUACCUCCCUACCUGCCAAGUAAGCA